UAUUUACACAUCUUCCCAUACAUCGGACACACGCUUGUUAUCCUUUGAGUGGCCGUCCAGCCACAAUACUCUUCUUCCCGUACCACCAUCACCGCUGCUCGCAGAACCAGCACCAUGUCUGACGUAGAGCAGCCCACGAAUCAGGAGGAUAUUCAGCCCAAGGCUGAGGACGCGAACGCGCCGAUUAACAUCAAGGUCACAACGCAGACGGGGGAGGAGGUGUUCUUCAAGAUCAAACGGAACACGAAAUUGAGCAAGCUCCAGGGCGCGUACGCCUCGAAAGUGGGCAAGGAUGUCGGCAGCAUUCGAUUUCUGUACGACGGCAACAGAAUAAACGACGACGACACGCCGUCAUCGCUGGACAUGGAAGACAACGACACAAUCGAUGUAAUGGUAGAACAGGUCGGCGGCUCGGCGUGACAUCGGGGUCGCCGUGGAUCUGUUUGUUAAUAUGCUGUCUGUUCUGUAGUACCAUACGUGUCCGGUCAUCGCUCGUCUCUCGAUU